AUGAUUGAUCUUGAUGUUCUCAAGAUAUUUGCAAAUCUUUUGAUUACAACCGGUACUGUGUUCGUAAGAUCAUUGUCAUUGGCAUAUAAACAAGCUAUUGCAAGAGCUGAAUCUACAGGUGCAAAAACAGCAUCAGACUUUGCAAAGUCUGAAUCAUUUUCAGGUACAAUGACACCAAUCGAAGCGAAAAAGAUUUUAGGUUUAGAUAAUAGACAUGCAGUUUUAUUAGAUUUAAAUAACCCAGAGGAUGGUGGAUCAAAGUUUAUACAGAAUAAAGUUAUUGGUGCAAAGAGUUGUUUAGAAGAAGCUAUAAAAUCUGGAAAAGAGAUAUAG